AGUGUCAUGGCGGAAAAUCUUGAAAAGUUUAGUCGGCAUAGAAUACAAAAUUUACAAAGAUUCAAGACUAAUUUUAAUGCAAUUAUAGACAAAUAUGACCAGGCCUUUCCUGAGAGUGACAUCGUUGACUUGGAAAACUUGAUCAUUGAGAAAGACAUGGGUUUUGUUAGAGACCAUAAGCCCACAUUGUUUGGGAAAGCACCUUUGAAAGUGACUUCUAGACUCGACACAGACCAGUUGCUCGAAGAGACGAGAUUGAUUCAUGGGCCUGGUUGGCAUGGUGAUGAUGAAGAUAUGGGGAGAUACAGUGAUGAUGGGAGUGAGGAAUAUUCAUUUCACGGGGACCAAGCCAGCAUUGCUGUCUACAGCAUGAUACAAGAGCGACGUGAUGACACGGAUGUUGAAUCUAGUGAUGCCGAGACAAUUGACUCUGAAGACUCUGUGACUGUUGUGUCCGAAGAUGAUGGUAGCAGCGGAGAUGAAGAGUUUUCUUCCAUCAGGCCAAGUCCAUUUAGGAAAAAGCUAAAUCCAAAUGAAGAUGUGGCAAACCAUACAGAGUCUACGAACAGUGACCAAGCAGGACUCAAUUCAGACUCUGGUUACAUAGACAGUCUGAAGUAUCGAUCCAAACCCAACUUGCCAGUCAGAGUUUCAAAACAACAAACUCCAAGCCCUCGGAACACUCCGCGUUCAAGACAGAGACGUCGAAGUCCUAUAAAGUCCUUGACAUCCACACAUGGUGCUAUCCCCCUCCAGUGUAAUUACAUAGACAGUAAAAAUGCUCCACAUCAGGUGUCUAAUCCUAAGAGGAGGAAAGACUCUGAUGGGGCUAAUGACGACUCAGUCCCCAUUUAUAAUGAUGAAGAUACUAGCCCUAAAGUGAACAUUAAGAUCUCCCCUGAUACCUUCGCUGCACGGAGGGCUAAAGACAUACACAUGCAGAGCAAUGAAAUUGAUCAUUCAAAUAUUGGUGCUACAAGAAGAGAAAUCUUAAGUAACAAUAAACAAUCACGCACUGGUAUCAAGUCAUGCCCUGGUGAUACAAAGACCAAUAUUUCAAGAAUAAAAGCGCCUAGGAAUACAAAUACAGCUAAGAUCCUGGACGAAAAAUUUAAACACAUCACAAAUAAUUCUACAUUUAUAAUUCCCAGUGCAAUAAAACAGUCAUACGCGAGACCCACAGCUUCUCCCCGGGGGGCUAACCUCACCCCAAAGAACUGUCUAAGUAAACAACCCCAUGGAAAUGACCACCUGGAGAGCACUAGGAUUUCGGAAAUCGAGGCUCCAAAACCUCAGGAUGAUUACAUUCAUGAUGACAAUAUUCACGAUGAAGAUGAUUUCAGUGAUAAAGAUAUUCACCAAGAUCAUACACUUAAUAAUUCCCUAACUUGUAAAGCUCCAUAUGUCAACCAUAUCCCUCCUAUUUUGUACAGGAAUGACAGUCUGUGUGGUAACCAUAGCAACCAGAAUAUACUUCCUGUAUACCAAGAUGGUAGUCAGUUCUCAAGUAGCUACCACCUGAGUGGGCAACCAAUGGGGUGUUGCCCAAAUUCUGUUUACCCAUCUAGCUCAACCAUUGUACAUGUGUGCCCGAUGUACUCAACUGCUAUAAAUAACACUGGCCAUCUUAAUGAAAGUUUUCAAGAACAUCCAGAUGGUAGUCAUUAUCUUCAAUAUGGACACCAGAGUACUUCUGUUAAUAGUCUAAGACAACACACUAACAAUCAACCUCAAAUUGACAGUGUUCAACCUCAAAAUGGCAGAGAUCAACCUCGAAAUGGCAGAAAUCAACCACAAAAUGGCAGCUAUCAACCUCAAAUUAACAGCUAUCAACCUCAAAAUGGCAGAAAUCUGCCUAAUGUUGACAGCAGUCAGUCUCGUGAAAAUUCAAACAGAUCUCGACAUUUCUUUGAAGAUGAUAUAGAUGCUAAACAAAGGACAAAAGUAGCUCAAAAAACAAAAAUGAAUGAUAGUCCAAAAAUGAAACCAG